UUUAUUAAAAAUAAAUAUAAACAUUACUAAGGCUAAGUUAAUAUAAUAAUAAAUAUGCCGGUCGACAUUUGCAGUCAGCAGCAGCAUACAAAUAUGAUAAGCUCCCUAAGCGGAACAACAGAUACCUCUUUGUCGCUUAACGCACUCUCCUUGACGUCUGCUCUACCGCCGACAGAUCCCGAUCAUCCACAUCACAACAUGAACAAAUUGUGUCGUCAAGUGUCAAUUGAAUCACCCGGACCGGGUGUUAAGAAUUGUGUUUUUAAUUUCUUUGUGCCCAUCGAGGAUACGCCAGCACAUGGCGCCCGCAUCAAGAUCGUCUGCGCCGGCGCCUGCUAUCGUCGCCGCGAUCGUGCCAACUCGAUAACCAGCGUAUCGUCUGUCUCGUCGGAGCUGAGCGAUUACUGUCCGUCGGUGACGUCGAUGUCAUCGCCGGCUCAUCAGGGCAUACGUGAGGGCUCAUUCUUUCCGGGCUUUGAGGUGGCGGGAGUGAUUGAGUCGCUGGGCUCCGAGAUCACAGAGGCCAAUAACUGUGGCCUGCGCAUUGGACAGCGUGUUAUUGUCUACCCAUUCGAUGAGACUCCUGCCGGCUAUGCAGAACUCCUGGUGGUGCCCGAUCUGAAGUACAUUGUCCCGAUACCGGAUAGUUUGCCCAUGGAGGAGGCAGCGAUGCUGCCGACAGGUGCAUUGCUGGCCAUGCACGCUGUAUUCAAAGCACAAGCCGUUGUCACGGAAAUCCUGAAUCAACGUGCCGAAACGGAUCCCAAUAAGAAGUGCAAGAUCUUGAUUGUUGGCACUGGUGGCUUGGCCCUGUGGGCAGUACGCAUUGCAACCUAUCAUUUCGCAUCAACUGGUGCACACAACGUGGACAUCACAGUAGCCAGUCUGAGGGACGAGGGUUUCCGUCUAGCUACAGAGAUCAAGAAUGUCAGCGUGGUGCAAUGGAACGAGUGUCUGUACGAGCCACAGCUGAUUGAGCGCACCAAGGAUGUGUGCGGCGGUCCUGUGGACGUGGUCAUUGAUUUUGGCACAACUUCCAGAAGUCUGCAUCGCUCCAUGCACUGCCUGUCCAAGGGCGGUGUUGUGCUCAUCAGCGAGGAGGUGGCUGAAAAGCUGUUACCAAAGUUCUCUAGAUUAUCGAAUGAGUAUCAGCAGGAGAUAAUACCAAUAUCGAAUGGCACCGUAGAGCAGCUUGCUGAGCUGGUGGAGCUUGUGGCUAGCAGAAAGAUCGAGCCGCCACCAUAUUCCGUAUUCCCAUGCGAGCAGGCCGCCGAGGUUAUACAGAAACUGAUCAAUUCCGAAAUACCCGGACGCGCCAUUCUACGCUUCCACGAUAUUGAAUAGAUCCUUAAAGUCUAUCAAAGCAUUAACUCAUCUUAACUUAAAUGAAUAUCUCUGUUAGUUUUACUCACAAACACACACA